AGAUGAGCUCAGGAGCUGCACUGCGACGGUCGCACCUCGAAACUUAGCGGGAUUUUCAAGUGUCAAAAACCGACUCUUUUCGCGUUUGUUGGACACAAGCCCCAAAAGAAGCUUUCGAGCCAACGAAAUACGUGCAAAGUUGAAGGCUCAUGUAAAUCGGGAACAUAAAGGACCAAAAAACCAAGCUCUAUUUGUUUUUGCCCUCUUGUAUUUUGUCAACAAAACGACUGUUUGUUUUUUUCAAGCCGGCGACCAGCCAACGACUGGGGAAACUAUGACACAUCAGGGCAUCGGCUGCCUGGUCAAGUGGUUAUAUGUGGUGCUGAUCGUGCACACGCUCCUCUGCAUCGGCCAGCUCGAGUGUCGCCAGCAGCACCACAAUCGGAAUAACAAUAACAAUAACAGAAGAGCGGACUCAUCCAGCUCAGAGGAGGGCCACGGCAACACCAGCGAUGGCCUGGACAACAUCGCAGAUCAGGACACCAGCAUCGUUGGCCAUGACCACCAGCCGCGUCGGGGCCAACGAAAGAAACAUCAGGGAGGUGGAGGCAGCGGCGGCGGCGGAACCGGAGGAGGCGGUGGAAGCCGGCACAAUCGCAACGAGGAGAGCGGCAUCUCGUUGUGGAUCAACGAGCAGCAGCUCAAAAUGCUUACAGCGCUCUACUUUCCACAGGGCUACUCGGAGCGCCUGUACGCCAUUCACAACAGCCGGGUGACCAACGAUCUGAGGGACACGACGUUGUACAACUUUCUGGUUAUCCCAUCGGAGGUCAACUACGUUAACUUCACAUGGAAGUCGGGGCGCCGCAAGUACUUCUACGACUUUGACCGCCUGCAGACCAUGGACGAAAGCAUCUUGAAGGCGCCGACUCUGUCCAUUCGCAAGAGCGGACGCAUUCCGCAGGAGCAGAAGAAUUUUAGCAUUUUCCUGCCCUGCACCGGCAACAGCUCCGGCACCGCGUCCUUCAACGUCGGCCUCAAGAUCCAGACGCGCCACAACAAGCCCCUCUCGGGCACACCCAUUCGCCUCAACUUCAAAAAGGAAUGCGCCCACAGAGGUGUGUAUGAUAUAGACGCUUCCAACCCUACUUCACUAACAACUUUGCAAGCUCCCGAUCCAGAAUGCAGCUUGAAGUGCGGCAAGAACGGCUACUGCAACGAGCACCAUAUCUGCAAGUGCAACGUGGGCUACACGGGCCAAUACUGCGAGACGGCCUUCUGUUUUCCGCAGUGCCUCAACGGCGGUAACUGCACGGCGCCGUCCGUCUGCACCUGUCCGGAGGGCUACCAGGGCACGCAGUGCGAAGGUGGUAUUUGCAAGGACAAGUGCUUGAAUGGCGGCAAGUGUAUACAAAAGGACAAGUGCCAGUGCUCCAAGGGUUACUACGGCCUGCGUUGCGAGUACUCCAAGUGUGUGAUCCCCUGCAAGAACGAGGGCCGGUGCAUUGGGAACAACCUGUGCCGCUGCGCUCACGGACUACGAGGCGAUCACUGCGAGAUCGGGCGCAAGCAGCGCUCCAUCUGCAAGUGUCGCAACGGCACCUGCGUCUCCCACAAGCACUGCAAGUGCCAUCCGGGAUUCUAUGGACGCCACUGCAACGGUCGCAAGCGACGUCAUGUCCACCGAAACGAUGACUCCAAGUUCUAGGGCUACCGGCGCACACGAUCAAAUGUAAUAUUCAUUCAACUUUUCACUUUUCUACUAAACAAGCACGACAAGAACAACAGCAACAGCGACAAAAGGAAGAAACGAAAAUAAUUCUAAUUGUGAUACAUUUUUUUUGUAAUUUAACAUAAAAUUUUUAAAUAAAAACAAAAUCUAAGAGUU